CAGACAGGACAGCGGGCACCGAGUCAGACAGGUCAUCAGGCUGGAUCGGGUCAUCAGGCUGGAUCGGGUCAUUUGGCUGGAUCGGGCUGGAUCGGGUCAUCAGGCUGGAUUGGGUCAUCUGGCUUGGAUCGGGUCAUCAGACGACAGGCUGACCGAUUGGAUACUGGCAGGAUGGUACUGGUUGGAAAAACUUUUCGCUUCUUCUUGGGUUUAGUUACUGAAGCACUGUAAGUAAAUGCAGGUCUGUAAUCGGAGGGAGCAGCUGAAGACAGAGAAGAGCUAGGGGGUGGAACAGAGGAGGGAAUAGUUGCUACAGAGGACUUCUUUACAGGGUUAAAGGCAGGAUAGGUUCAGCGAGAGGGAACAG